AUGGGUUAUUUAAUGCCGACAAGAUUUUUAUUGAGUGUAAUAUUUUUUUUUAUCUAUCUAUCUAUCUAUCUAUCUAUCUAUCUAUCUAUCUUGCUUUUUUUAUUUUUAUUGUUGGCAAUAAUUUUUAUCUAUCUAUCUAUCUAUCUAUCUAUCUAUCUAUCUAUCUAUCUAUUGUGUAAUAUUUUUUUAUCUAUCUAUCUAUCUAUCUAUCUAUCUAUCUAUCUAUCUAUCUAUCUAUAUUGCUUUUUUUGUUUUGUUUUAAGGCAUAUCAAUUUUAUGGGUUAUUUAAUGCCGACUAAAUUUUUAUUGCUGGUAUAUAUUUUAUCUAUCUAUCUAUCUAUCUAUCUAUCUAUCUAUCUAUCUAUUGGUUUGAUUUUUAUUGUUGGCAAUAAUUUUUAUCUAUCUAUCUAUCUAUCUAUCUAUCUAUCUAUCUAUCUAUCUAUCUCCGCUAUCCAUACCUCCACCGUGCCUCCACUAGCCGCUAUCCAUUACUCCACCAUGACACCUAUAGCUGAUAUAUCUAACUACAACGUGCCUCCACGAGUCGCUAUCCAUAACACCAUCAUGCCUCCACAAGUCGCUAUACAAAACUCCACCACAAGCCACUAUCCCUAA